AUGGAGCCCGCAAGACAGCACAAACAGAUCUGGAACCACACUGAGGAACUCCUUUCAAGGACCUUUCUGACGGGGUCGGCCUGCUGUAAAAAAGGCCCCGCAAUGGAUGGAGUGCAUGUGUCGAAUAAGGCUAAAGGAACAGAGGAGGAGAAUACAGAGGAACAGAGGAAGGUGAUGAGGACGCAGGAUAUCAGAUAUGUGGAGAUGAAGAGAGUGGCUGAGGGCAAGAACAUUGAGAGGUUGAAAUGGGAACUCCAUCUCCUGGACGCUGACGUAGCAGACUUUGACUUGGCCAGCCACCUGGAUACAGCUCCUGAGCUGGUGGACAGAGUGUACAACCGGCCCACCCGCCAUACGCUGGAGAGCAACACCAUCCAGGGUGCCGUGGAGCCUCUCAGUAUAAAGAAGUUGGCCAGACAGAGGAAGCACCAGUAUAAGAUCUUGUCCCAGCGGAUUGACCGGGAGAAGAAGAUGUUUGUCAUUGGCCAGAAGAUCCAGACCCGCAAAGACCUACACGAUAAGAACGAGAAGGUGAAGGUGAGCAAAGAGACGGUCAAUGCCUCUGCCGUCUACAAGUUUGAAGCUAAGAGGAAGCGAUGAGAAAGGUAAACCUCUUUGAACAGGAAACGCAUCAUCAACCAGACAUUUCUGUGGCCUGUUAUACAAUCACCAGUCGGUCUCCAUCGGACAGUAAUGUGAACUUUGGUUUUCCUAUUGCAAUUCAUGUGGAUAUGGACUAGUGAAAUGGUCAGGGAAUACCCUCUCAAUUGUUGUUGGAGGCAUAGAUUGAUCUCUAUGGUUGCAGCAAUGAG